ACCCCCUCCGCCCCUCACCCUCUUGCAAAUGCAAAACGAUGAGAUGGAUGAAAGCGUAAAGCAAAAAAUGGCGGUUGAAAUCCCGAAGGAUCUAAUAACCCAACUCCAGAUCGCACUCCGCAAACAAGCCAACGUCCCUUCCUACGAUCCAAACGACUCAUCGCUCCCCGAUCUCCCUUCCCUCCCUCACUUAAUCUCCGACUCUCCCCACUUCCGCUGCCUCCACUGCAAAGCCCAUCUCCUCCGAGGCCCCGACUCCCUCUUUUGCAUUUUCUGCGGAAAAUGCCAGUCCAAUAGUGAGACGCCCCCUCAGCCCAUCAAAUUCAAGUCCACUUCCGGUUACCGCUGGUUCCUCCGCUCUCUCAACUUAGAUGGAUCUGAAACGGUGGGAGAGUCUUUAGAAGGGAAUGAAUGGAACAGAGGACCGCGACAGGAGUUUCGAUUAUCUGAUCUUUUAGAUUUAGAGAUCAGGUGGAAUGAUGCCGAACCGGAGAGUUUUGAAUCUAGUUUGGGAAAGAAUAAUCAUUUGAAUUUGGCUGGACUUGAUCUUGAUGAUGAUUUUUUAGCUGAAAGGAAAGGAGAUUCUGUUUCAAUACCAACCCAAGGGACAUUGCCCCUAAAGGAAGAGAUUGAUUCUACUGGUAGUGAGUUUCAAUCUCGUCAAAACCUUAGUUUGUUUGAGAAUCAGGUUUCUAAGAGUAGUGGUUCUGUUUCUGGUUGGCAGGCUGACUUUCAGUCUGCUGAUUCUAGAACAGAUCAUAAUGCUAUUAGCUCCCAAUCGUCUGAUCCUUUUGUGGGUUCCUCAAAAGAUCUUUCUGCCCAUGUGGACAUGGUCUCUGGACAGGUUAACAAUUUGUUUGAUGGAAAAGAAGAUGAUAAUCAAUCUUCUUCCAAAUCCCAAACAAACAACUUGUUUCGUGAUGAUAUGCAGAGUAAUUCCACUUCAGGGGAGAGAAUAGACCAAGCAAAUAUUUCUUCUUCUGCGAAUGUUGACUGGGUUCAAGGUGAUCAAGGACAAAUCAUUGGCAACAAUACCCCCAAUAAAAGAACUCCUGAUGAUGAUGAUGAUUCCUUUGAUGCUUGGAAUGAUUUUAAGGGUUCCGCCAGUGCACCAGAUGCUGCUAAAACUUAUUGGGACCAGACUACUGAUGGUAUGAAGUCGAUGAAUGAAAAAGUUCAUGAUUCUUUUUCUGGAUGGGGGCCUGGCUCUGAAUCUACUGCUUUUGAAACUCAGCAUGAGGUAUCCAAAUCUUUUGAUAAUUUUGCUGGCUCUUCUGCUGACCUUUCUACUCACACGGACAGUGUCUUUGGAACAGGAAAAGACUCAUUUCAUGGAAAAGCAGUAGAUAACAGAACUUCAUCCCACACUAAUUGGUUUCAAGAUGAUCUAUGGAGUAAUUCCACCUCAGGGACUGUUCAUCAUGCUGAGCAAUCUGAUUUGAAUGUAGGUAAUAAGGAUGAUGGGAUGUUAGGAAAUACAAAAUCUCCCGUGAGUGUAAAUGGAAUUGAAGAUGAUCAAUGGCCAACAAGUAGCAACAAGGCAGUGGAUGAUGGAACCAAUGAUGAAGAUGAUGAUUCAUUUGGGGCUUGGAAUGAUUUUAAAGGCUCAAGUGCCUGGGGUUCUUCGAUAAGUUCUUGGAAAGAACCAGCUAACUGUUCCAGUUCUACUGAAGAGAAGAGCAGUGACCCUUUUUCAGGAUGGGACACUGACUUUCAAUCUGCUAGUUCUACAAAUCAUAAUGACAGUUCCAAAUCAUUUGAUCCUUUAGUGGGUUCUUCAAUUGAUCUUUCUGAUCACAUGGAUACUGUCUUUGCAUCAGGAAAAGAUUUUGUUGAUGGAAAAGCGAAAGAUGGCUCCAAUGUUUCCAGCACAAACAAUUGGUUUCAGGAUGAUCUAUGGAGUAAUUCUACCUCAAAGGUAACUUGUCAAGCUGAAAAUUUUGAUGCAACUAUUGAUGUUAUGGAUUCUGGAGCAGCUCAGAGUAUGCAUAAUUCUCCCUCAAUGAACGUUGAUUGGUUUCCAGAUGAUCAAUGGCUAACUGGCAACAACAAGGCACCUGAUAGAAAAAAUGUUGACAAAUCAGACAAUUCUUUUCGUGAGUGGAAUGAUUUUAAAAGCUCAACUACUAUGCAAGAUGCUUUUAGUGAUCCUUCAAAACAAGCUGCUAGACCUGAUAAAAUAACAAUUGAUGAUAAUGAUGACUUGUCUGCUGCUUGGAAUGAUUUUACUAGCUCAAUUAGUGCAAAUGAUCCUUCAAGUAUUUCUUUCAAACAUACUGUCAAUCAUGAGAAGCCUUCUAUUGGAACUUCAGAAAUACACUUCUUCAGUAUGGAUAGCAAUUCACAUGAUAAUAAUUCUGGUAAUUUAUCUCAACCUGAUCUCUUUUCAAGGUCAUUCAGCAAUCAAAAUGGCUCUACGGAAGCUCCCGUUUCAAACAGGAUGGCAGAUGCAAGUGUAAGAGGUGGUAGUAAUGCUGAAGUUGCAAAAAAUGGAGGUUUUUCCAGUGCAACAACAGGGUCAAAAACAGAUGAUAUAGAGAUACUGAUGUCACAAAUGCAUGAUUUAUCCUUUAUGUUGGAAAGGAAUCUUUCAAUACCUCCAAAAGUAGAUGAGUAUAAUUAACUUUGUAAAGAUUGAGAGCCAUUUUUUUUCCCUCUCAAGUUUGUAUUGUUUUGUUGGUUCUUGUCUGCACUGUAUCCUAGUUUUGAUUGGUCCAUGCAUCUGAAAUUCUUUCCUGCAUCCAGUGGUCGUAUGGCUUUGUUCUUCCUCUUAUAUUAGAAGAAUGUAUUAUGAAAUGAUUAACGAACUUAUCUUAAUAAACGUGGUUUGUAGAUGUUGUUUUUAGUUCAAUAAUACGAGAAAAGUUGCUUCUGCUA